CCCAAAUAUUAGUGGUCAAGAUUUACAACACAAAAAAUUUCACCAAAAAAUAUAUGGAAAAAGAAACAUAAAAAAUCUAAACUAACCCAUAAUGACAGUUGAAAGCACACGCAGGCAGAGGCAGAUUACUCUUACUCAUCACUGCUGAACACACACCCACAGAGUUACUUCUCCAUGAUCACCACUUCAUCACACUGUUUGACCUUCUCUUCCAAUAAAACCCGCACACUGAAUUUUGCUACAUUGCAUCGCCACAACACCGUAGGCAACAUUUGUGUAGCCGCAGCAUUCUCUUCAUUUGCUAGCGCGGAGACGCCAAAAUGGGACUGUAAGACUGCUACUCAAUCUUCAAAUGGGAACCCUAGUAAUCUUGCAACCAGUAAGAAAAGCAAGGAGGAGGAAGAAGGAGUAGAAGUAGAUCCAGAAACCGAGGUGGUUUUAGGAGAGAGAAAGGUGAGUUGUGAAGUGGAAGUCAUAUCUUGGAGGGAACGCAGAAUCAGAGCUGAGAUUUCAGUUAAUGCUGAUGUUGAAUCCGUCUGGUCUGCUCUCACUGACUAUGAAAGGCUUGCUGAUUUCAUCCCAAAUCUUGUUAGAAGUGGGAGGAUUCCUUGUCCAUAUCCCGGGAGGAUAUGGUUGGAGCAGAGAGGGUUGCAGAGGGCACUAUAUUGGCAUAUAGAAGCUCGUGUCGUGUUGGAUCUUCAAGAACUUGUCAACUCUGAGAAUAACCGUGAACUUCACUUCUCUAUGGUUGAUGGUGAUUUCAAGAAAUUUGAAGGCAAAUGGUCAGUGAAGUCUCAGAAAGGGUCGCCAACAGCGAUCUUGGGUUAUGAAGUUAAUGUUAUACCUAGGUUCAGCUUUCCGGCAAUAUUUCUGGAGCGGAUUAUCAGAUCAGAUCUUCCUGUAAAUCUCCUAGCUUUAGCAUGCCGAUCUGAAAGCAACUUUGAAGGAAACCACAGUGUAGUCUCUUUGGACACAUUACCUUCACAAGCACUUCACCUCAGAGGUGAGGAGACGGAAGUUGAUACUGCACUGAACAACAAAGAUGCUUCUGAAAAUAUCAAGAAAAAGUUUGUCAAAGCUGCUUUUGGUCCUUUGUCUCCUUCGACUGGAGAGUUGAAUAGUAGUUGGGGAAUCUUUGGCAAGUCUUGUCCACUUGACAGGCCGUGCUUGGUGGAUGAAGUUCAUCUCCGUAGAUUUGAUGGAUUAUUGGAAAAUGGGGGUGUUCACAGAUGCGUUAUUGCCAGCAUAACAGUAAAAGCUCCUGUUCGUGAAGUAUGGAAUAUUCUCACAGCUUAUGAAAGCCUUCCCGAGAUAGUUCCUAAUUUAGCUAUCAGCAAGGUCUUAUCCCGAGAAAGCAAUAAAGUUCGCAUUCUUCAGGAAGGAUGCAAGGGUAUAUUGUAUAUGGUUCUCCAUGCGCGUGUUAUCCUCGAUUUAUGUGAGCAUUUUGAACAAGAGAUCGGAUUUGAGCAGGUUGAAGGAGACUUUGAUUCAUUUCGAGGGAAAUGGAUCCUUGAGAAACUAGGCAGCCACCACACACUGUUGAAGUAUUCAGUGGAGUCAAAAAUGCAUAAAAACUCCUUUCUUUCCGAAGCUAUUAUGGAAGAGGUCAUUUACGAGGAUCUCCCUUCAAACUUGUGUGCUAUCCGAGAUUACAUGGAAAAAAGAGAAACUGAAAAUAAUCAGGAGGCUGUCAGUGAUGACUGUUGUGCCGAGGGAGAGACAGCUAUAGCAAACAACUGCAGCUCCUUCAAUUUUAGUACAGAGGCCAGGGGUUAUGAUUGCAUCUCAAGUUCAGACAGACAAAGGCCAAAGGUCCCUGGCUUGCAGAGAAACAUCGAGGUUCUUAAAGCUGAGCUCUUAAACUUCAUUUCUGAGCAUGGACAGGAAGGAUUCAUGCCUAUGAGAAAGCAACUACGGAAGCAUGGGCGAGUGGAUAUUGAGAAGGCCAUCACACGAAUGGGUGGAUUUAGGCGAAUUGCAUCAUUGAUGGAUCUGUCCCUUGCAUACAAACAACGUAAACCAAAAGGUUAUUGGGAUAAUCUGGAAAAUUUGCAAGAUGAGAUUAAACGAUUCCAAAGGAAUUGGGGUAUGGAUCCAUCAUACAUGCCCAGCAGAAAAUGCUUUGAACGUGCAGGACGUUACGACAUAGCACGUGCUCUGGAGAAAUGGGGAGGGUUGCACGAGGUGUCCCGUCUGCUAUCGCUCAAGGUAAGGCAUCCUAACCGGCAAAGUGCCCUUUCCAAAGAGAGGAAGGCAGAGUCUGCGGCGUCCCACAGCGUAAAUGAACAGGAGAAGAUACCUACAAAAGCCUAUGUUUCACAGGAUACACAUGAGUGGCUACUCAAAUUCAAGGACUUUGACAUAAACUGGGUAGAAUGAGUUGCAGUUUAAGACUACUAGUAAUGGCAUCUUUAUUGUAGAUAUCACUUCUCUAAUGCCCUCAUCUUAGACUGCAUACUUGUGCCAACUGAUGGAAAGUCUUCAGCUGCCAGAUCCUCUAUGGUAAAUAUCAAUUUAGAGGUAAAUUUUAAAUUA